ACUCAGCGCUCCUGUUCAGUCCUUGACUUGUGUUGUUGUUUGGGCACUGAGGAGAGUAAAAAAAAACUAUUUAACGAUUUCUGGGUGUAGUGACUGGUAACGCGUAAUCGUCAGAAAAGGAACUUCUGGAUUAAAUGGGUAUGUUGUCUGCUUCCAGCUGUGGUUGCCCCUCUCUGCCUCAGAUUUUGUGGUUAAAAGCACUGAAAGAAUGCAGAAAAAUUCAAGACCUCUUCUCUGCAUCCCCAAAGUUGUCUUGUAAUCGUCUUCGGUUGAAGCUUGCACAAAACGUUCCUCGGAGAUACCUGCAUCUUUCUAAACCUUUGCCCAGUGGCUUUUCUCCACGUUUGGACGCAUUUCCACUUAUUAAAGAGUCUCUUCAUCCAGUUCAUAGGCAUGUGUAUGAAGUGAACUUCCGAAACAAUGUACUGUGCCACCAAAGGUAUAGGGAAUACAUGGAAAAUGUCCAAAGGGGUGGAGGAGAAAAUGCAAUCUUACGACAUACAGAAAGGAAUAAGAAGCUGCUGGUACGGGAGAGGCUACGGCUCCUUUUUGAUGAUGAGGACUAUCUGGAACUUUCACCACUUGCUGGCUUAAACCUGCCGUAUGGAGACAUUCCCCGUGCGGGAUGUUUCACUGGCAUCGGUAAGAUCCAUGGCCUGUGGUGCAUGGUUGUUGCAAAUGAUGCUACUGUGAAAGGUGGUACGGCUUUUCCUAUUACUGUAAAAAAGCAAUUGAGAUGUCAAGAGAUUGCCAUUCAGAACCACCUACCUUGUGUAUAUGUGGUAGAUAGUGGAGGAGCAUUUCUACCACUUCAGGCUGAAAUUUUUCCUGAUAAGAAUCAAGGGGGCCGAACAUUUUACAAUGAAGCCAUAAUGUCAGCCAUGAAAAUUCCACAGGUGGCAAUAGUGUGUGGCUCUUGUACUGCCGGAGGUGCCUACAUCCCAACUAUGGCUGAAGAAUCUGUAAUUGUGGACAAGAUUGGGACAAUAUUCCUUGGUGGCCCUCCUCUUGUGAAAGCUGCAACAGGGGAGGAUGUUUCACCAGAAGACCUAGGAGGAGCUAGAGUGCAUUCUGAGAUUAGCGGCUGUGUUGAUCAUUUUGCAUCCAAUGAGCAUGAAGCUUUCCAAAAUGCACGGAAUGUAAUUGCGACAUUGAAUUUUGAGCUACCAUCAGAAAUUACAUCCGAGGUGCAAGAACCACUUUACAACUCCAAGGAACUCCUAGGUCUAGCUCCUCGUGAUUAUGCACAUACUCUGGAUGUCAGGCUGAUUUUAAGUCAUCUGACAGAUGGAAGCAGAUUUCAGGAAUUUAAAGAGCUAUAUGGAACAACGCUCGUUGCUGGCUUUGCUAGUAUAGUAGGGAAUCUUGUAGGCAUAAUUGCUGGAAAUGGCCAGCUGACAUACGAAGCUGCUCUGAAGGCAUGCCACUUUGUACAGAUCUGUGAUCAGCGUGGUGUGCCUCUGAUAUUCCUUCAAAAUUCUCCUCCAUUUCCAGCACUCACUUCCUCUGUAUCACAGGCAGCACUGAACUCUAACAGACUCAAGGCGCAUGCUUCUCUGAUGUCCGCUGUGGCUUCAGCCUCUGUUCCCAAGAUAACCAUAGUCAUAGGUGGCUGCUAUGGUGCUGAAAGCUAUGCCCUGUGUGGAAGAUCUUUUGACCCAAAUUUCUUUUUUCUGUGGCCAAAUGCUAGAGUAGCUUUGGUGGGUCCUAAUGAUCAUCUGGAAGGAGAACUUCAGAACACUGCAGAGGACACUAAAGUGAAACAAAAACUGGAAGAGGAAAGUUCAGCUUUUUACUCAUCUAGCCGACUUUGGGAUGAUGGAGUAAUAUUGCCUCAGGAUACAAGAAAGGUACUGGGCAAAUGCUUAAAAAUAAUCAAGCAGCAGAACUACCAACUUGUGAAAAACAAUCUGAGAAGACCAGUUUUCAGGAUGUAGUGGCAAAAUCAAGUAGUGUAUGUAUAAAACAAAGUAAAUCUUAGGUAAUACGUAAUUAAAAUGUAAAUACUGAUAUAUAUUUUUUGUAUAUGAUUGUC